GAAGUAACCAAGAGAAGGCACUAUAUUUACUGAACUGCAUGUGUAUAAACCAAUCAAGGCCGAUUUCAUAACUAAAGCGGAAGAGUAAUAUGAUAUAUAGAGAGAGGUAAUACAAGUGUAAGGUUUAUUUAGUUAAUAAACAUCGACUCUCGGGUAUAAAUUGCCAUGUAAAAAGCUUUUCGCCGUGUUUCGGCGCUUUCUGAAGAGGAAAGUAUUAGUAGCAGUUUAGUAAAAAUUGUGUUUGACAAAAUAGCCCUACAUGCAAGUACGGAGUCCAGAAAGCCGAAAAUGACGAUAAAAGAAAUUUCCACGAUGCCAAGAAAGGGUUACAUUAGACUGUAUCUGUGGUGUUUGAUGAACAUCAUUCUUAGUAUUGGCGGAUACAAGGCACAUAGGUGCCCGGAGCCAUGUCGUUGUGAUUUUACGUCCUUGUCACAGGGAAUUGUCAACUGCUCUUACAGCCCACUCCGUGCCCUGCCCCUGGAUAUACCUAUACCACGUAAUACAACUGUACUGGAUCUACGCUACACCGGUCUGUAUGAGAUCCCACCGAAUGCAUUGAGUCAUCUGGAAAAUCUGAAAGCACUGUAUGUCGGAGGGAACAACAUAAAACACUUUCAUGAGGAGAACUUUGCAGGUUUAUGGAACUUGGAACACUUGGAUUUGUCCCCACUUCACCCGGACACGAAUUUCGAUCAUGCAACAUUCCCCGUAAGGUUGUUUCACGAUUUAACGCAGCUGAGAGUCCUAAUAUUUGGGAAAAUGAGCGUCACCAUGCAGGUGCAACAAGGUUAUUUAGACCGAACCUUAGCUCCCUUACAUCGAUUGCAACAGGUGUUUUUUCCGGGUCUUCCAUGGCGUAAUUUGGCGUUUGGUCCCGGCUACAGUAAUCUCACCUCACUUAAAACAGUUGUGUUUCAUGGACAUGGGUCUGAAGUACCGGUACACCUUAGAAAACAAUCUUUUGCCAUGUUAAAAAACUGUCCUAUUGAACGACUAGCUUUCAUCAGAAGCGGUCUUGACGCCGUAGAAUAUGGUACAAUGUCUUCAUUUCCACAUUUGAAAACACUGGACAUAGAGGAAGCAUCCUUUAUCUCAUUCAGAGAGGUUGAAAAAUUUAUCUGUGACCUAAACAAUACCUCGAUUGAAGCACUUCGCAUGAACAGCAUAUUCUCGAGGCGAAAUGGGGAAUUCGAAGAUAAAACUUGGAUAUUGUCCGCUAACACAUUUCGAUGUUUGAAAUCCACAUCACUCAAAUCACUAGAAUUACUGCGUGAUAACAUAAUGAAGAUUGACAUUCAAAAUUUUGAUUUUCUAAUUCAUUUAGAAUACUUAGAUUUGUCUGGUAACGACGUUCUUCGUUUUUUAGAAAAUGAUACACAACCAAGCGGUUGGGAUACAGUGUAUUAUAAAGCAUUAUCACUUUCAAACUUAACUCUUUUAAGGAUGGACUACAAUGUUUACAAAACCAUUAUGGUGAAUGUCGAAGAUGUUCCAUCAAACUCAUUUUGGUAUGGCCGACCACAGCUACCUUUAGGACCAUCCAAAUUUCAAAACUCGUUGCAAAAAACACAGCAAGGUCCCUUACCAAACUUGAAUCCUGAGGAACCUAUUUUGAAAGUACGUUUGCCUGAAAAUGUCGAAUUCUGGUCUACAAGCUGGUGGGCCUUCGGUGUAAAUCGUUUCCUUCGGUGUGACACUUUAAAGGGAUCCGUUUAUUUCUUCCCAAACAAGCUCAGAUAUCUCAGAAUAGUGGACCUGAAUUUGAAUUUAAACAAAUUUUGUCCCGUAAUGUAUGGCCUAGAUAGACUAGAGUUUCUGGAUUUUUCUUUUAACGGCUUUCACUUCCUUCACAAACAUUUUUUCAAUACUUUCAUCUCUCUGGUAUACUUGUACGCGAAAGAAAACAAUUUAGGUCCCUUGAUUGCUGAAGGUGGUCUACAUCCAAUACAACUCCCAAACUUAGAAAUCCUCGAUUUAUCAGUGAACAAAAUCAGCACAAUACCAAAAGACUUUUUUGGCUAUCUUGCUUCCUUGAAACGGCUGGACCUCAGCGACAAUCGAAUAUCAACAUUAUCCUUCACCAUGGGAAACUUACUUUCCAUAGAAUACAUAGGUAUAAGCACUAACCAACUAACUGACUUCUCGACAUCGGAGUUGGACUACAUUAGGAAGAUGAAUGCCAGGAGUUUCAAUGUUACUUUGAACGUAAGCAACAAUCCCAUGGACUGCACCAUUUGCGACGCGAGAGGAUUUCUCCGCUGGAUCAUCCAUUCCAAUUUUACGAUAAUAUUCUCCAACAACUCCACUUGCUACGUGAAUGGACCUAAAACAAGCUCAGAGAGAAGGCUGAGAAGACUUGAGAGGGAAUGCGAAAGCGUCACUUCUUCAAACCAGUGGCUUACCUUUGGAGUAUCUCUUGGUGUCAUAUCUGCGAUGGCUUGUGGCCUUGUAGUAGCUUUCAUUUACCGUUGGAAUAUUAGAUUCCACGUCUUGCUUCGUCAUCGCCAUUUUCGAAAGCGAGGUUUCAUUACUGCAAAACAUGAAGAUGACAACGAUAAAUACUAAAUCUCUCUCCGACGUCAUCUUCGAUGCUAAUAAUGUGAUUGGGCAACCCGAGGAAGAUGACUUGACUGAACUCGUGUGGAAGUAGGGAUUGGGUUCUGUACUAUAUUGUAUAUAUACUGAAUUGUUUUUUUUUUUUUUACAAUUUUUCUCUUUAUGCAUAACAAGCCUACCUAUUGCAAAAUAAUAGUUCAUAUUAUUCAAGAAUUAUUUGAUUGUGAAGUGGAGAUUGUUACAUUAGAACGUCUUAUACAUGAGUGAAAGAUACAUAUUCCAACUACAAUGUACUGUAUAUUAGAGGCUGAGAGGGGCAAUUUCCUUUCCUAUAGCCUGUUCUUAAAUAUCUGAAUGCAAAUGUAAUGCUCCCACUGCUAUAUCCCAAGCCUAAUCCAAACAUUAAUGGGGUUAGUAAAAAUUUAAAAUGGUGCGAGAUGUAUAUAUAAUAUAUAUAUAUAAAAGAUCUCCGAAAAGCUCCAAAUGAUGAACAUUAUGGAAACAAGAAAUGGGUGUUAGAAUAUUAUGGAAAUAAACUUACAAUUUUGUUAAUAAUAAGGAAGUGAGAUGAAAACAGCUCACAGGGCAGUGCAUAGAAUUUUGGGUACAAAGAGCUUAAUUUUUAAAUGCAAAAUGGUCAAUAACCCCCAUUGUAGCUUUUGUAAGACAAUUUUAGAAAGAGUCAAACACCUUUUUAUUGAUGGUGAAAUAGGUAAGCAAUUGUGGAUAGAAGUGAAACAGUGAAUACAACAGAAGGUCCCAGUUUAACAAUAUCACCUUUCGACAUUAUUGUUGAAAGUGGUAACAAUGUGUAAAAUCUUUUGAAUUAAGUCAGUUAUGCGAAGACGUAAUACAAGGCUCGCAUGAAGCACUGUAUAUAUUUUUGUGUAUUAAUAGAGUUUGUUGUUUGUCUGUGUGAAAUUGAGUAUAUGAUAUUUUUUAUUAUUUUACUGUAUUUCGUAUUUGAUGAGAAAUAAAACGAACAUUCAUUCGUGAAAAAAGAUC